AUGACCAAAGCACUAGCACAGCCAGCAUUACAAGGUGAAAAAUCCUUUCAUUUGCACUUCUUUUUCUGGCGUAUACUGGGCAAUUCACCCACUAAGAAUUAUCGCAAGCUCUAUAUAUUUUAUUCGAUUUUCAUCAAUAUUGUCAUAACAAUCGGUUAUCCUUUGCACUUGAUGAUUGGCCUGUUUCGGAGUAAAACGAAAUCUGAUGUAAUCAAAAAUUUGGCCAUUAAUUUAACGUGUCUGGCGUGCUCCAUAAAAACCUUUGCUAUUUGGCUGAAAUUCAAAAAUGUCCAGCAUAUAUUCGAUAUUAUAAGGAGACAGGACAAAAGAAUUAGUAAUUCCAAAGACGAGUCUGAAUACUAUAAAACUGUGGUGUUUCCCUCAUUGGAUCAAAUAAUGCUCAUGUUUAAAGUGUUAUUUUUGGGAGCGGGUCUUACCGCUGAAGUGGCUGUGUUGACAAAUGGUUUUUUGGGCAGCUGGGGUCUAAUGUAUCCUGCCUUUUUUCCCUUCGAUCCGUUUGCCAACCAUUGGUUGUAUGCAGUGGCUCAUGUUUAUCAGUUUUUUGGUGUGUCCUUUCAAAUUCUACAGAAUAUGGUUAAUGAUACGUUUGCCGGCAUGCAUAUGGCUUUGCUAAGUGGCCAGAUACAUAUCUUGAGUAUGCGUGUUGCCAAAAUAGGCUAUGAUAAAAAGAAGUCUAAAGAGCAAAACAAUCAGGAGCUAUUGGAAUGUAUACAAGAUCACAAGGACUUGUUGGAAUACCGCAGCAAACUGGAGGAGGUGGUUUCCCAGUACAUGUUCUUUCAAAUACUUUUCACCAGCAUGAAUAUGUGUGUGGUCAUUGUGUUUAUGAUUUUAUUUGCCCGAGAUCCCUUUACUUUAAUCUACUAUUCCAUUUAUUUAAUUUGCAUGCCGGCCGAAAUAUUGCCUCCCUGUUAUUAUGGCACCAUUAUGGAAUUUGAAUUUCAAAAUUUAAGUUACUCCUUAUUCUCAACGAAUUGGAUGGAUCAGGAUGUUACGUUUAAGAAAAAUUUAAGAAUUUUUGCAGAGCAGGCCAAGAAGCCCUUGUAUGUGAUGGCCUGGCUGGUGCGCAUUAAUAUGACCUCGUUUUUAUAUGCAUGUAAAAAUGCAUAUUCCCUGUUUGCAGUGGUAAUGAAUAUGAAGUGAAUAA